AGACAACACUCCCGUAAUUAAUUUCAGGAUAUUUCACCAGUUCAACUUUGCUUGCAUCAUCUAAUAAUUUUGUGUAUUUUGCGUCAAAGACACCUGCGAUAUUGAGCGUUUGCAGCAAAGCCUGCUGCUAUCUUCUCCUCUGGCCUUUCCCCGGAUUCCGCCAUCGAAUAACGGCUUCUUCAAGAUCGACUAAACGAUACCCCUGUGUUCGCUACGCUGGAACAACGCUAUGACGAGACGAUUCGAAUAGAUAUCUGAAUAUUUAUUGCACGAGCGAUCAGGGAGAUAGUGUUUGGACUGGCUUCGAGGUUACAGAGACAACAUACAAGCGGGCGCAAUGGCGACAGCUCGGAGAUGGGCGCGCAAGAUUGAGCGUUGCUGUUGUACUUUUGCGACAUACUUUCCACUGGCUUUCGUUUACGGGUUGACAUCAUGGGCGGUUUGGGUGGUGGUCUGUAUCGGUAAUGCCAGCAGGAAGAGCAGUUGGAUAGGCACCGGUUCUUCGAUAAUAGGUGUUGUACUUUACAUUAUGCUCAACUGGUGCUACACUACCGCUGUCUUUACACCCCCCGGCUCGACAACGAACGAUAUGGGUUAUGGACUCCUUCCUACACAAAAUACGCCGCAGGGCACAUCCUUUACAGUCAAGAGUAACGGCGAAUUUCGAUUCUGCAAGAAGUGCCAGGCUCGUAAGCCUGAUCGUGCGCACCACUGCUCGACAUGUCGACGAUGUGUUCUGAAGAUGGAUCACCACUGCCCCUGGUUAGCAACGUGCAUCGGCCUGCGCAACCACAAGGCAUUCCUCCUGUUCCUUAUUUAUACGACUGUUUUCUGCUUCUGGUCAUUUGCGGUCAGCGGAUCAUGGGUUUGGUACGAGGCGCUGGAUGAUCAGGAGUACAUCGAUACAUUCUUGCCCGUCAACUUUAUCAUGUUGAGCGUCAUCAGCGGAAUUAUUGGUCUCGUUGUGGGUGCUUUUACAGGAUGGCAUAUUCAUCUGGCUCGUUGUGGGCAAACUACGAUCGAGUGUCUCGAAAAGACACGAUACCUGUCACCCUUGCGCAAGACCUACAACUCUGCUCACAAUCCCGCCAACAAUGUACCGGAAGCUGCUCGCCAAUUCGUCGACUUUCACACAAAUGCUCUGCCAGGUAUCACUCGACCUGAAGAGGGCGAAGAGCGACGGUCGUAUCCCCCUGACGGUUCUCACCCUGUUCAGCUUUCAUACGCUCAGCGAGAACGAGAACAACGACAAAGGCGAUAUGAGGAGUAUCUCGACGAACAGGACUCUGAGAAGCUCCCCAAUGUCUUCGACCUCGGCUGGAAACGCAACUUAUUGCAUCUAUUCGGACCUACCCCCGCCCUUUGGUUCUUCCCUGUCUCCAACACAACAGGAGAUGGCUGGACAUGGGAAGCUAGCAGCAAAUGGCUUGAGGCGCGGGACCGACUUAAAGCUGAGCGAGAGCAACAACGAGCUCGUGAGGUUAACGCUGGUUGGGGAUCCCCAGAUGAUAUUCCUGAUGUUCCCGAACGACCUACAGGUGCAGGACGGCAUUUCACUCCAGGACCAAAGCUUGCAGGACCCAAGACGAUGAGUAAGGCUGAUCGAGUUCUGGGCCGCGAUCCUAACCUUUAUGCCGAUGCAACACAAAAUGUGCCUAUGAGCCGACUCAGCCCCCGAGGUCGAACAGUAGACGACGAGCUUGCAGACUUGGACAGUGAUGACGACGAUGGCUUCAUCGACACAAAUAACCCAGAGCCAGAAAACGGCAAGUUGAGUCCUAGCUUCACAUCAGAAGCUCAACGUCGUGACGACGCUGAGGCUCGCGCCCUUGAAGUCGUCACCAACGGCAACUGGGGCCGCGGUGGAGCGAGCGGCAUGCUUCGAAAGGGAAGCUCACAGAGCAGUCCCCUCAGCAGAACACCAAGCAAUCUCAGCCGUUCAGGGACACCAAAGUUCCAAGACGAAGGCGUGGAUUAGAUACCUGGAGGGUUGUGUUUUCGAAAGCGAAUGAAAUGAAUGAGGUUCCUCGACGUUUAACGUUUCUUGUCAUGAGAUGAGGAGUUUUGUGUUCUAUUCUUUUAUUUUCAAGCUCGAUCAUCAUAUUAUUAUUCUUCUUCUUCUUGGUACAGAUUACUUUUUAUCCGAUACGUUUUGGCGGAGUUUUAGUCGAUGGUGUAUGAUCUGAUAUCCAAUAUUAUUUAACUUCUACCCUUCCUAUGGAUCCACGGGUGUAUAUCUACUAUAGAUCUACUCUUUUGCCAAGCGUGACUCGUGUGAUUAGUCUAAAACUGCCGAGUUGAGAUCGUCCACGUUUAUGAGAUCUACAACACCAACACCCCUUGAUCAUCACUAUGUUACUUUCAAAAAAGGGUUACACCGCCAAUCUCACUCCCUACGACAAUGAUAUCGCCUGUCAACCGAGACCUUUGGCGUGUUUCAGAAAGCUGGAUUGACGCCGUCAUGCCCUGGGUUCUCGGCAUGUGCCCGUAGGAGUAUCCCAGGCCAGCUCGCAGCAGGGAACUUGGCGUCAUUUGGCCAAGUGAGACUAUCCACAUGUGGUAUCUCCUUGGCUUGACUGACAACUGCGUCACCUAGACAUUUCUCUGCAUCUAAUCUCGGCAGAAGCUUUUCGAUCUCGGUGUAGUAUUCGUCAACACCUAGACUUGUCCUGUAAUCUUUCGAUCCAAAGUCAGACAGCACGCCGAGGCGUAUGAGACGGGACAAGGGGUCUAUUCGCUCUGCUAUGCCUGGUGACGUAUGUACUGCGAUGGCAGUCCAGAGUUGAUGUGACGCAGCUUCAGAAUAGCCGCUUUUGGCGAGAUGCGCCUUUGCGCAGUCGGCAGAGCAGAUCUCAAAGCGUUGCUCGCCAUUGCAGAGGUGGCUCGCUCCAAUAUCAUGAUGAAUAGCUGCUACAAAGAGAAGUGGACUCUGAUCUUCAGACUUGAAGGGAGAGGCUUCUUUCUCGGCGAUAUACCGAGCUAGAAGAUAGACUCGAAGAGAAUGAUUCAAGAUAGGGAUAGGCAAAGCAUCCCUAGCGAGUUCAAGAGCUGAGAGACAAGUAUCGGCCUGAGGUAUCUUUUCCAGCACAAGGGGGUUUAUGUUGCUCAUCAUGACUCUCAGACGAUAUUCAUAAAGGAACGUUACAAAUGCUACGCUUUGAGAUGAAGCUACUACGUUACAACGUCGAGCUGGAAUGACAUCUUCAACUCCACUAUCCAACCCCCCUCUUCCAGAAACUCAG